UCCCCAUUCGCCCAUAAUAUAAUAACGUACCAUUUAUAGUUGUGAUGUUUGAAGUUUCGCGUAUAAUUAGACCUAGUCGUGGAUGAAUUGCGCACUAAGUUGACCGGGAUCCCUGGAGGAAAGUCGUUAAUGGUAAUUGAGGGGCCUGUUCACGUAUAGCAGGAAACAUAAAUUCAGCCAAACAAUAGCGACUUUAGCAUAGCAUCGCUAUAAAGUCGUGCGAGCCAGUCAAGCGGUCAGUCAGUCGGAGCACGGACAUGUGAAGUAUCAUCCGCACUACUCACUCAACACAGAAAUGGAAGGAGGCAUUAACUCAUUUGGAAUACAGAUCAACGACAUUACACAAGACCAGUAUGGGUUUCCCUCGCAUUUGAGGACUGGAGCUGUGAGUUACAAGCCUACGAACACACGGAUUGGACCGUCGGUGCCCAGUAUUUACCCGAGUGCCGAGAGCUUUUUGGCGAAGAAAAACACAGAAGAUGUUAGGAGUCAUUUCCAGCUGGACGGGAUCGGGGAAUUAGAACAAGAGCACGGACUUGCCUUCUCGACUUCGUCUGCGACAAUCAGCGAAAACUACCUACCGGCAAGUUCCUCAUUUAACAAUCCGUACCACAACAGCUCUCACCCGUACUACUCGAGUCUGUCAAGCAAUUCCUUAAGCAAUGAGAAUCCCGCUGCCUUGGACAAUUCGUAUCACAGCAGGGAUACUCACGGGAACUCGCCGUACGCUCCUAUCGCCGAGUACAAGACAGACUCCACGCUGAGAAUACACGCGCCAUCUACACUACAACAGAAACCAUCCAACUUCAUGCGCUCGGCAGUCGCGCUGUGCAACCUGAAUCCGUCAUUUCCCGACACAGCGAGCCCCAUGCCAUACUGGCCGCAACCGAGUGAACCUAAAGGCUCUCACGCGCACUUCUACCCUCCAAGACCUUUUGCGUACAGCACUAGCCUGAGUAGUGCCUUCGAACACGCUCCGUACGAUCACACGACGGAAAGCCACCAGUGCAGAGAAGACAAGGGAUUGUUCCGCCGAGAGCACAUGAAAAAGGCACUCGUCGGUGACAGUCGCGAACUCGAGGACGUGGACGAUGCCAACAGAUGCAAGAACACAGUGGAGGGAACCAAGACAUCGGUGCGCAGAUUUAAGAAAUGGUACAAAGACAAGACAGGCAAGUCCCUAGACAUGAAUGCUAUCACCAAGAACAUGGCAGUGGAGCUACUUAAAGACUUCUUUUUAGAGAUCCGUGAUACCAGACCUGGCAAAGAAGGCAACGAAUACGAACCUGUCACACUAACCACAUACAGAAAUGGCCUCAGGAGGUAUUUCUUAGAGAGAAAAGUCCCUCCCGCCGUAGAAAACUUCGACUUGGCCGACCGAGAAUUUGACGUGGUGAAUUAUGGACUUGUCACGAAACGCAACGAGUUGAAAAGAAAGGGGAAAGGGAAUCACCCAAAUGUGGUAGAAAGCAUCACGGAGACACAGCUCGAGAGGAUGUGGCAGUCAGGAGCGAUCGGGGUACACGCGCCACGGCCUCUUCUCCGUCUACAGUGGUGGAUCAACACAGUAUGUCACGGUAUCCGAGGGCGCAUGGCGCACCACGACCUCAGCAUAGACGACUUCAGAAUUUCCCGCGGUGCGGACGGCAAGAUCGUCAUCGACCACAUCAAGGCUGGCUCCAAACGGCCUCGCGCUGGCUCUGACGAGAAAGAGAUUAACAGGAACAAGAAGAAAUGCAAGGCGAAGGUGACCGCUACAGACGGCGGGGAGAGAGACCCUGUGCGCGCGUUUGAAGUUUACCUCCGCCACCGUCCACCAGGCAUCUCGUCAUUCUACCUUACUCCCAAACACAAGCCCAAAGGAGAUGUGUGGUUCAACAAGGUGCCUAUGGGCAAGAACUCAAUCGGCCGCAUUAUGCGGGAGAUUAAAGCAAUAGCUGGUAUUGGAUAGGACUAAGAGACACACUCCUAUAGCGGUAUUCUAGUUCAAUCUAGUUAAGGUAUAGUUUGAUAAGUGCGGCUCUAGACACCGUUAAAACAACACUCAGGUCAUCAUCUCAACUCACUGCCAAGCAUGUUAUACUUACGUUUUUAACCUCGAACUCAUCAAGGGAAAUUUCUAUCGAGUAGAAUGGCAGGAAAUGAUCAAAUUUAGAGUCGAAAUUGGCGUUAAAUAACAUUAAAUAUAAAUAUUUUUUUUGACAAAUAUCGAAGAAUAUCGACGCCAUGGGAGAGUUUUAAAAAGCAACGUCGUUUUGGGUUGUUAAGUAUUUUUAUUAUUAUUAACGAAAAAUGAUACUUAGAUGCCUUUAUUUUAUCCCAAAACGAUCAUUUAAGUAACAAGUCUGAAUAAUGUGGAUAUUUUAAGAGUUAAUGAGAUGAGAUUAUUUGGUUGGCUGAAGUCCGUCUUGUCGUGGUUUUCGCUAGAAGCUAUCAGUUUUUACUCAUUUACCACAAUCUCAAAUUACAAAGGGGUAUAUAAACAAUGCAAAGUGAAACUUUGCCUACAGAUUAUUUAAGAUUCUUUAAAGCAUCAAACAUAUAAUAAUAAGUUCAAAUCUUAAAGAAGUUUAGAGUUCAUUGGUUUAUGUAAAAAUCGCCGGAGGAUGUCGAGAACUGUAAUGUCGUAAAUGUAUCAUCGCAGAGCAUUAUCUGCACAACUGUUGAAAGUCUUAUUUUGUCAAAACUAAAGAUUGCAAUAGAACCGCCCAUUUUGAGACUUGUAAUGUAAAUAAAGAUACGCAAGGAUAGAA